UGGGUGGUAGUGGGUAAAGAGGGCUUAGGAUCCGAACGGGCUUCCUUUUUGUGAAACUCGCCCACGGGCGGGGCGGGGGAAGGAAUAAAGCUCCCCCCCCCCCAGCGCGCCUCUCCCAAUCCUCCUUUCUCCAUAUUGGAACCUCUUUAGAGCCCCAUCUCCAGACUUAGGGUUCGAUUCGCACCCCUCCCGAACAAUAAAUCCAUAAACCGAUUGAUUCGGGGGAGGGGAGAAGGCAGGACUUUCCCUUUCAACCGUUGCAUUUUUAAUUUUUUUAAGGCUUAUGAUAUAUACAAAUAUAUAUAUAUUAAAAAUAAUAAAAAAUAAAGGCUGAGUGGGCAGGUGGUUCGGGUGGGAAAGCCUGAGAAGUAAAGGAGGGGGGAACUUAAAAGGUGUUUACCUUGUCAUCAGCAUGUACGCUAAUUAUCUCGGGCAAGAUGUGGGGUUCUAUUGUCUUGUUGCUUUAGUGCCUAUGCCCCGCCUCUGGUGGCAGCCUAAAACCUGGCGUCUGGCUAAAACAAACGAAAGGCAGCUCUGAGCCUCCACUCAAUCCAAUUAAGGCGGACUUGGUCCACUCGGUUACGUGUUCAUCCAACAAGAUCGGCGUGGAGGCAACACACCAGAAUAUUUGGCAAAAAAAAAAAAAAAAAGGAGAGAGAGUGAGUGAGAGAGAGAGAGAGUGAGAGAGAGAGUUUUGCCUCCCCUUUCCCUUUUUUUCCCUCCUCUCCCCCCAGCCGCCGAAUCAUGUCGAUGAGCCCAAAGCAUACGACUCCUUUCUCAGUGUCUGACAUCUUGAGCCCCUUGGAGGAAAGCUACAAGAAAGUGGCCAUGGAGGGGAGUAACUUGGGCGCUCCUCUGGCAGCUUACAGGCAGUCGCAGGUGGCGCAGCCGGCCAUGCAGCAGCACCCCAUGGGCCACAACGGGACGGUCACCGCUGCCUACCACAUGACAGCCGCCGGGGUCCCUCAGCUCUCGCACACCGCCAUGGGGGGCUACUGCAAUGGCAACAUGGGAGACCUUCCACCUUACCAGGACACCAUGAGGAACAGCGCUUCCGCCACCGGCUGGUACGGGGCGAAUCCGGACCCCCGCUUCUCCACAAUCUCUCGCUUCAUGGGCCCGUCGUCGGGGAUGAACAUGGGCGGCAUGGGCAGCCUGAGCUCUCUGGGCGACGUGAGCAAGAGCAUGGCCCCGCUGCAGAGCACGCCCCGUCGGAAGCGCCGCGUGCUCUUCUCGCAGGCGCAGGUGUACGAGCUGGAGAGGCGCUUCAAGCAGCAGAAGUACCUGUCGGCGCCCGAGCGGGAGCACCUGGCUAGCAUGAUCCACCUGACGCCCACGCAGGUCAAGAUCUGGUUCCAGAACCACCGCUAUAAGAUGAAGCGGCAGGCCAAGGACAAGGCGGCGCAGCAACAGAUGCAGCAGGACGGCGCCUCUUGCCAGCAGCAGCAGCAGCAACAGCAGCACUCGCCCCGACGGGUGGCCGUCCCGGUCCUGGUCAAGGACGGCAAGCCCUGUCAGGCGGGCUCCAACACGCCCACGGCAGCGGCGGCGCUCCAGGGCCACCACCAGCAGCAGGCUGCGGCCACCGCCAUCACCGUGGCCUCCAACGGCGCCAGCCUGGGACAGCACCAGAGCCACCAAGCCAGCAGUGCCGGCCAGUCGCCAGACUUGGGCCAGCACGCGGGAAGCAGCCCCUCGUCCCUCCAGAGCCAGGUGUCGGCUCUGUCCCACCUGAACUCGUCCAGCUCGGACUAUGGGACGGCCAUGUCUUGCUCCACCUUGCUAUAUGGGAGGACCUGGUGAAAGGGGCCGCCCCGACGGGGCCCACCACCUCGUCCUUGUCCGACGGGCUGACGCCUUCCUUUUCUUUUUCACACGCACACACACACGCACACAGAAACACACACAAAUACACGCACCCUCCUCCUCCUCC